AAACUGACGAAUAGCUUUGAGAAACUGAGACUGCACCAGAUGAAACAAAGUAAAGUUCGGCGAAAGGAGUUACCACACCUCAAAGAAGAAACACCCUUUGAAAUGAGCAAUUUGAACCAGAAAUUAGAGGAAUUUAGAGCAAAGUCAAGAGAAUGGGACAAGCAAGAGAUACUGUAUCAGACUCAUCUGGUUUCUUUAGAUGCUCAACAAAAAUUAUUAUCUGAGAAGUGUAAUCAAUUUCAGAAACAGGCACAAAGUUACCAAACUCAACUCAGUGGUAAAAAACAGUGCACAGAAGACAGCAGCUCAGAAGAUCCUCAGUUGAUGUGUGACCUGGAUCACAGUUGCGAAGCCAGUGAAAGAGAUGAGUUCAUUAUUGAAAAACUAAAGUCAGCUGUGAGUGAAAUAGCAUUAAGCAGGAAUAAGUUACAAGAUGAAAAUCAGAAGCUCUUACAAGAACUGAAGAGGUACCAAAGACAGUGCCAGGUGAUUCUUUAUUUUACAACUGAUACUGUCCAUGAGUUGUAG